AGAAGCCAAUCACGUCACCGCGGUUCCCGGUUAUGAAAUCCGCAAAGACCCGCUUAAGCUGAGCUUCCAUUAUGACUCCGAGCAGGCGGGUCACGACGCCCGGAAGCCUCCUCUUGCUGCUCUCGGGGACCCUGGCCCUGAACGAGACCUGGGCGGGCUCCCACUCUCUGAGGUAUUUCGAGACCGCCGUGUCCCGGCCCGGCCGCGGGGAGCCCCGCUUCAUCUCCGUCGGCUACGUGGACGACACGCAGUUCGUGCGGUUCGACAGCGACGCCCCGAAUCCGAGGGAGGAGCCGCGAGCGCGGUGGGUGGAGCAGGAGGGGCCAAGGUAUUGGAAUCGCAAUACGCGGAUCUACAAGGACACCGCACAGUGGUACCGAGGGAGCCUGAACACCCUGCGCGGCUGCUACAACCAGAGCGAGGCCGGGUCUCACACCGUCCAGAGCAUGUACGGCUGCGACGUGGGGCCGGACGGACGUCUCCUCCGCGGGUACAGGCAGUUCUCCUACGACGGCAAGGAUUACAUCGCCCUGAACGAGGACCUGCGCUCCUGGACCGCGGCGGACGCGGCGGCUCAGAUCACCCUGCGCAAGUGGGAGGCGGCCGGUGAUGCGGCGGAGCAGGAGAGGAACUACCUGGAGGGCACCUGUGUGGAGUCGCUCGGCAGAUACCUGGAGAAAGGGAAGGAGACGCUGCAGCGCGCAGACCCUCCGAGGACACAUGUGACCCACCACCCCAUCUCUGACCAUAAGGCCACCCUGAGGUGCUGGGCCCUGGGCUUCUACCCUGCGGAGAUCUCACUUACCUGGCAGCGCGAUGGGGAGGACCAGGCGCAGGACACGGAGCUCGUGGAGACCAGGCCUGCAGGGGACGGGACCUUCCAGAAGUGGGCAGCCCUGGUGGUGCCUCCUGGAGAGGAGCAGAGAUACACGUGCCAUGUGGAGCAUGAGGGGCUUGAGGAGCCCCUCACCUUGAGAUGGGAGCUGAUGCCUCAGCCCACCGUCCCCAUCAUGGGCAGAAUUGUUGGCCUGGUUCUUUUUGUCGUCGCUGCAGCUGUGGUGGCGGGAGCUGUGAUCUGGGGGAAGAGGCGCUCAGGUGAAAACGGAGGGAGAUUUGCUCAGGCUGCAAUUUCUCUCCUGUAUUUCUCUGUGUUUCUCUCCUGUCCUGAUUUUGUUCUCCCCGAGGCAGUGACAGUGCCCAGGGCUCUGAGGUUUCACUCACGCAUCCCAGAGUGUGAGACAGCUACCUUGUGAGGGACUGAGUGAUGCAACAUUUGUUCACGACCCACUAUGUGACUUCAGAUCCCCUGACUCCUGUUUCUGCAGCCGCACCUGAAUGUGUCUGUGCUUCUAUUAGCAUAAUGUGAGGAGGUGGGGAGACUGGCCCACCCCUGCCCCCCACACCCCUCCCUCCCACCCUCUCCCCACCCUGACCUGUGUUCUGUUCCCUGGUUGACUUUCCUUUUCCAGCAGAAGCAGGGCUGGGCCGUCUCCAUCCCUGUCUUAACUUUGUGUUGUACUUUGUAAUAAUGUUUUAUUCUCCUAAUGAAAAUAAAUCUGGGUAUGAAUUUUUCUUUUAUAAUUGGUACCAUGAGGCUUGAGGAGAUAGUAAAGGUGAGGAUUCCUAAAGUUUGAGAGUGGAAAUAAAUGGAGCACUGAGAAACUUCCAGAA